UACUUUCUGUGAUCCGUCCGGGGAUCAUGACGUCAUUUUUAUAUGCAUGUAUUUAUGUAUUUAAGGCGAGAAUAUGAGUUUAGAAUUAUUCAUAGAAUUUACAUAUAUUUUGACAGGACCUGACCGUGUUGCAGUUGUUGUUCACUCCAUGACGAGCUUCAAUUCUAACACCAAGAUGGCACUGAUGUUGGUCUUCAAGAAGUCCCAGCCAACCACCUUCCAGUGCUCUAAAUGCGUCAUCCAAUGCAACAAUCUAGCUGAAAUGCGAGCUGAAGACCUUUCGCGACUCUCUGAAUUCCUGGGGAAGGUACCAGAUCAUCCUCUACCCAUCGCUGACAAAGAGGCGCAUUCAACCCUUAUCGCAUCGUCCUCUGCGGAUAAAGUUGAUACAAUCGAGACUGGUGGUAAGCCACAAGCCACAAAUGCUAGUGCUACCAAAGGAGAUCAAAGUAUGGCUUCUUCUUUGAGUUCUACUGACACCAGUUCAAUGUCUCAGACAGAUGUUGGCCGCUCGACAAAUGCCCCAACAAUCUCGAUUGAUAGUGGUUCUCCUGACCCUUUAGAAGUUGGUCUCCGUUCAAAAGUUGCUCCGACGCAACCUACUAAAAGCCAAACUUCAAUGACAAGCACAUCAUCCACCAGUGUGGGAGAUGGUAACCUUCGGAACAUGGCUACUAGUACGUCACAACUUGGCGCACGUUCUUCCGACACCGCACAAUUCUCACAUGCCUCACCGAAAGUCGACACUUCACCGGAUAGAUAUGCCGACCAAGACAAAGUGAUCGACACAACCUACCCCAUAGCCUUGGUCAAUCUUUCUUCAGCAUAUCAACCCGGAAAAUUGAAGGAUGUUUUACAACGACAACUUCCCGGAAAGACAAUCAUGUUGAUUAAAGACAUACAUGACCUGGCAAGCAACUGGCACUUGUUUGAAGCCAUUCUUGUAGACUUGGGAUCAUUACCGGAAGCUGCAUCUUACAGUUCGGUUGAAUACAAAGACGCCUUGAAUUUUUUCAAGAAAUGCCUAAAAGAGAUGUUGGUACCCCAGAAUUUAGCCAUGUUGAUGCCCGCUCCGACGAAUACUCCUUCUGACCAUAAACAUGCAGAUACCAUACGCAGGAUAAGCGAGAUCGACAAGACCACAGAAGUUUCUGUCUUUCAGUACAGCAGUGAAUCUUGCAGACCAUCUCUCUUUGAUGAUAACACGAAAAAUCGACUGGUUUUCUGGCUUCUCGAUUGCAACAAAAGAUACCACGCAGCUGGCCUUCAGAAGGGACCCAGUUUCUUCAAGAACAUUCAAACUCAAUUAUCAAAGUUUGUCCCGUCUUUUAUUAAGAAGCUAGGCUGGUAGAAGUACGUGGAUGGGGUAGUGGAUUCAUAGGCCGACCUUAAAGGAGUUCUUUCGUCUGGCAAUGGAAGUCUAUUAAGAGAAUAAUGCUUUUAUCAUGCUGAUUGUAUUGGUUAUGGUGUCAGUACAUGCAUGAUUUUUGUUUCAUUAAAUACCGCCAAGAUUUUUGGUAAAUACGUGUAGCUUGAUUGAUAUCUACACGAUACAUGUAUGUGACAAUGGAGAGGCAAAUACAUGUAUACGUGUUGCAACAUUUAUACAAUAAAAUUAGGAUUCGUGUGAGGUUCAUGCUAAUUAUCAAUUUUUCUUCAAUAAAGACAAAUUUUUGGAAAUCUCUAUAAUCUCUAACAAUAACUCUGACUCUUCUUUCAUCUCUAAAAUUCAUUACUCCCGUAUCCAUGAGAAUGGCACCGUCCCCACCUUUUUCAUUCUCGCUCUCUCUCUCUCUCUCUCUCUCUCUCUCUCUGUCUCCUAACCUCUUACUCAAAUGGGAUAUCAAACCACCCCUUCCUACCAAAGGCUGCACCAUGAAAUGCCAGUGUAAUCACUAAAUUUUCAUCUUGACCGUCGUAUAUAAUUAUGAUGACGACGAUAUGAGUAUUCCACACUAAUGUAACUAUACCCCGUGUAAUACAGUUGGUGAUAACAAAUAUAACUAUAACAGACUUCGAGAAAUCAACAUAAGGCAUUUCAUAUAGUAUAAUGUGUCAUUUAGUGAAAUUGUGGAAAUGAAUGUGACAUAAAUAAUCCAAACAUGAUUUCUAUAGUCAUUAUUGGGUUUUUAAAAUUGCCUAUAAGUUGAAUUCUUAUGGGUCUUUGCGAUUGAGUUCUAUAUAAUAUUUUUAAACAAAAUUACAAAUUCCACUGAAAACCGUUUCAUUGGUAUAGGAUUUACUCGAAAGUUACAAUUGUGAUUUUUUAAUGAAUGAGAAACUACGGUAAACGGCAAUGUUGUACAUAUUCUAUAUGAUAUAUUUUACAGACCUUUUGUAAUUUUUUAUUUAAUAAAUCAACUUUCUUCGUUGUUUGGUUCGUUGAUUUGUUUGUUUCUCUGUAUAUCUUCCAAAAGGGAUUCAUAUAUUGGUAACGCUUUAAAACUGUAAUAUUCAUAACUUCUGCGAAAACUUUAACAUAUCAAUCACGUUCAUGACUUCUUUAGUAUUGAUUUCUUUAACUCCUUUGUUUGUUUGUUUGUUUACCGUUUUUCUUUUAGUGUGAAUAGAUUAAUGCUCUGCUCUGGUAUUUGCAGGCAGCAAUAGCCAAUAGGAUAGAUGUAUAACAGAGUAGUAGUAAUAACCAACAUAGGUUAAUAUUUUGUACACUAAUGGGUGCGGUGACUUUCAAUACGUUUGGCGCCGUUAACAUUGUGAAGUUAGAAGUAGGUCACGAACGCCCUGCCCAUAAUAGUUGUAUUUUCAUCAUCGUUAUGUGCUCUUCAUAUCAAUAAAUACACUUUAAUGGUUUA